AAUGACUGUGCACCGGCAAAAGACUGCAGUGCAUUACUGUUGCGAGCCUGCGAGGCCUGAUCGCCGACUAUUGUGCAGGUGUUUUUGAGCCUUUCCAUCGUUUCCGAUCGCGAAUUCUGUGGACAAAUGACAUCACAGCGUGUUUGUUAAUUGCAUGCUGCAUUGCUGACUGACAUACACCGGUAACGACGGGUUUGAGCCAAAGCAGCGCAGUCGGAGUAAUGUAAACCGCGGACAAGUUGACAACAAGCGCACUGCAGUUCGAUUUGCUGAUGCGAAGAAUUUAUUUUGGAUAGCGACCAAUUGCUAAUAACUAAGUCCUUAUUAUUAGUUUCGUGAUCAACCGUACAGGAAAGGAAGCGAUUUUUUUAUAUGAAUAGUGACUUAUCUCUUUCGAUUAUCGCUGAUCUUCAAUCUACACCCGCUGGAGAACCGGGAAAAUGGACGCGCUGGAAGGAUCAAAAUGCCUGUUUGCUCUCACCCGUUUAAAGGCGGUGUUUGUGGUUGCUUUUGCGACACUACCGAAUGCUUUGGCGGAUCUUACCUGCGAAUAUUCUUAUUAUACUAUGACUGGUCAGAAAGCUACGGAUAAAUUUGAGUGCCGAGACUGGGAUUAUUGUUGUGGUCAAGCAUGUUGCCGUUCUUCCGAUCAUUUCUUUCGGCUGUGGUACUUUUGGCUAGUCAUUGUGUUGGUUUUACUGAUGUGCAUUGCCAGUGGAUAUUAUUGCCGCCGGCGGAUGCUGAUUAACCGAGCACGAUCCACCAUUGUCGUUGACCGCCCUCCGGAUGUUGUGGCUUAUCAUGUGGGUGACGCCCAUCCGAGUUUUUAUCCUCGGGCUGAUGUACAGCCAACAGCCGUUUAUCCCACAUACACCGGUCCUGGAACAGGCGGCGUGACCUUUAUAACGUUACCCGCCGGCGGAAAGCAGUGGUCGGCUGCCGGAGUACCCACCGGGCCGCAUCCUGCUCCACCGCCCAGUUACAGCGAUUUGUACAAAUAGUCGCUUAUUUUUGUGAUGCGUUUAAAGUUUAACUUGCACGGCCAGGUCGUUGAGUUUGAUCUGUCUUAUUGGUGGUUUUCUUUUAUUUUGCAAACCAUCCGUAUGGGGUGGGGUGGCUUUGUAAGUUAUUUACUUAUUUACAGUGGAGGAGUAUUAUUAAAUGAUGUGGUAUUACAUGCUGCUCAGCAGAAAAAUUGUCAUGAAAUAAGGAACUAUUUUUCUGUACUGUGAAAUGAUAAUGAAGAUAGCGGAAUAAACAAUUUUUGA